AUGACAACAGACAAUUAUUCACUAAUAGCACCAAUCUUUUUCGCUGUUGUUGAAUGUCUAUGCUCUCAGCGUGCUAUCAACAUGAUUAAAGGUUUAGAGUCAAACUUUUUUCAAAAAUUAGAUGAAGGUCAAAUGCUAUUUCUUGACGCAAUACCAUUAUAUUUAAAAUGGUAUUGGGAUUAUGGUCAUCCUGAAAUUUUCAUUAAAAUUUUAAGAAUACUAUUGAAUGAAUUUACUUCAUGGUUUACGAGUUGUCAGCCGGAAUCUUACCCGCAGCGUUCUUCUCAAAUUGAUUCGAUGAUUGGCAAUAUAACUCAUGUUCUCAUUCGACCUACUGAAUUUAGCAAUGUGAGCCUUUUUAGUGAAGAAUUUUAUCACCACUACUCUACAUUAGUUUUACAUUGGUCAUUAAUUCUAUCAUCAAUAUUUUCAUAUCCCUCCUGUUCAACUGACAUCAUAUCAAGCACACGAUCGAGCACUCGAAUUUUGUAUAGCUUCACAUUGCAUUUAAAUAUAGUCAAUUUUAUGAAAAAUAUACCGAAUUUAAUUCUAAUACUUCUGAAAGCAAUUGAACUUGAUGAUGAUGAAAUACAAUUGAAUGCAUAUCGUUGUUUGGGGAAAAUAAUGAUUGAAGCAGAUAUUAAAACAAUGGCAAAGCCGGAAAAAAUUGUUGCCGUAUACGUAGACUUCAUUAAGAAUACUAUUGAUAAUCCGAAUAGGGUAGAACGAUUUUAUAGUCUAUUGGAAAGUUUGAAAAAUUUUGUUCAGCAUGAUCAAGUGAAAUGUGAGUUAAUAAAACAAGAAGCUCUUCCUCUAUUAAUAAUGUGCGUCGUGAAAAAUCAUUUCGAUCCAAUCAAAGUGCAACUGCUAGCUCUCGAAAUCCUCUUUGUCCUCUCAUUUCAAAAUGAAGCCUGUCAUAUUCUUAGACAAAAUGAACAAUUCAUGAUUCAUGUUCGAAUCUUAACUCAGAAGACUUAUGAGAAUCAACUUAGUUUACAACGCGCUGCCGAAGGACUUCUCUGGAAAUUAGAAAAAGAAAACGAAGCUGUUACUAAGCAGAUUAUAUUGAAUUCGUACAAAUACAAUAUCAUGUUAAGUUAUUCGCAUAAAGAUGAACAGUUAUGUCUUAAAAUUCAUGAACAAUUGAUCAAAGAUGGAUUUCGUGUCUGGCUUGGCAUAGACUGUUUGCGUGGAUCUACUAUGGUUGGUAUAGCUAAUGCCAUCGAAAAUUCUGAACAUGUAGUCAUAUGUAUGUCAAAUAUGUACAAGCAAAGUGUAUAUUGUCAAUCAGAAGCUCACUAUGCAUUUGAAUGUCGUUGUCAUCUGAUUCCAAUCAUAGUCGAAUCAAAUUAUAAACCUGAUGGAUGGCUUGGCAUUAUUGUGAGUGGCAAAAUCUAUGUAAAUUUUGCCAAAGACGAAUUCAGCAAGGCUUAUGAAAAGUUAAAAAAUGAAAUUAGCGAACAACGAUAUCAAAAUGAAAUUCAAUUAUCAAUAAAAUUAGAAAGAAACCAUCAAACCAAUACGAACUCCAUGACUUCGGAACGUGUUGAAUUAAUUUAUCAAUCUACUGUGUAA